AUGGCUUUAAAUCAGCAGCAUCUAGACAAGUUCAAGAAACAGCAAGAUACGCUAUCGAGCAUUGCCUCUUCUGCAGAAAUCAGUGACAGUCAGAAGCGGCCUGUCAAGUUCCAUGUACAACAGAGCACAUUCAACACAACAGAUGCUCUGGUUCAAAUGAAGAAUGCCAUUGAUAGUCUGUUUAAGACCAGGGAAGCCUUUACGACAGAGCAAAUUGUUGAUAUGAAGAGUUUGAGGAAGAAUCCGAGAGCUCAUUUUGACGGAACAAGCUUCUCUUACAAGGCUAAGCACGGUGUCGGGAACAAGAGCGAGCUUCUUUCGUCGGUGAAUAAACACCGUGAUGGGAUUGAUGCGGAUGUUCUCAAAGACGCUUACUCUAUUGUCUUGGAUGAUCUGCAGGCUCUGAAAGAUUCAGGAGUCUUGUGGUUGAUAUCAAACACUGGUUCGAAAGAGGGCACUGCGUUUCCGGAUGGUUUCAAGUGUGAGGCUCAGGUUGGUGACGAGUUUAAAGCUCUGUACCGGGACGUAGAGGUCCCUAGCGACAUGCUGGAGGUGGAGAAGGUGCUGCGUAGGAUCCGUCUGAAGCCUGAGGCAGAUUUAGUUUCUUCUCAUGUUUCUCGAUUUCGUCUUCGUCAACAGGAGGCUAAUAAGCACGAUGUCAAGGACAAGAGCGAGCUUCUUUCGUUGGUGAAUAAACACCCUGGUGGGAUUGAUGUGGCUCUUCUCAAACACGCUUACUCUAAUGUCCUGGAGGAUUUGCGGGCUCUCAAAGAUUCGGGUGACAUCUUCUGGUUGAUAUCAGAAACUAUAUCAAAAGAUGGCGUGGUGUACCCGGAUGGUUUCAGCCGUGAGAUUAAGGUUAGUGACGGCCUUAAAGCUCUGUGUUGCGCCAUAAAGGUGGAGAAGGAGCUGCGUCGUAUGGGGCUGAAGCCUAAGACAGACACUGCAGCGAGGAGAGCUGCUCCACAGAUGCAGGGCAUAACAAUCAAUAAACAACACAACAAGCAUAAGAAGGAGAAGAAGAAAGAGAUAACAAAACUCACCAAUGUCCAUUUGCCCGAGCUCUUCCAGGGCCUUAACCUAGCAAGUCCCGGAACGUAA